GAAGAUUCAUUACCUCCGCCAGCAGCUCCAGUCACAGCACAAGUGGCUACGGAGAAUAAAGGCAAGCAGAAGCUGGAUGCAGCAGAGGAAACAGUUGAUGCUAAGCUGAAACGAGCGCAACGUUUUGGCUUGCCACUGUCUAAUGAGCAACUGAAGCUAAAACGUGCUGAACGUGUUUCUGGGGCAAUCCACCGAAUGCAGUUCCUUCGAAAGCUCACGUUGGUUUGCUUCCCGUCACAGCAGCAGCAACAGCAGCAGCAGCAGCUAGCAAUCUACUUCCAAAUGCCGAAAUCGCUUUUGCCACGAAAUAAAUUUGGACAAGUGAGUAACAAAAGUUCUUCGAUUGGCGUAGUUGAGAAGGCUUCACUGGACGUUUUGGAAAAGCGUGCAAAACGCUUUGGAUUAUGUUCUGAGGAAGCUGAGGUGCAUUUUUGUUUCGUAAUACACAAAGUACUUGCUCACAAAACACUAUAG